AUGGCCAGCAACAAUAUCAAAGAAGGUAGAGGAUUUCUUGAGGUUUCAGAGGAGAAGAGAGGGAAUGAAGAUGGUGAAUCAGAGGAGAAAUUGCAAACCGCAAAUCAGAGACUGAAACCAUCAAAUCUUACUGCUUCAACUUCGUUUUCAACUGUUCUUUUGAUCUCUGACUUUUUUGGUUGUGGUGUGGAAGAGACAGAGAUGAUUGCCCUUGAUCUGACUGUUAGGGCUAUGGAAAUCGAGUACUGGGCUAUCAAGGAGUUUGGUAGCACUGAAUUUGCAACUUGCAAGCUACAACAGUUUCAUUUGCUGGAAGUUUCAGAUGAACAUGUUAAUUUGCUUUCUCCUGUUGUUGUUGAAUCUGGGGAUGGGGCUGGAGAUGGGGAUGGGGAUGGGGCUGGGGCUAGGGCUGCGGGUGAAGGGAAAUCUAGCACUACCUCCACCCUUAGUAGGCAUUUAACUGCUUGUGUGAAGUUUGUGGAGUUGAAUAGCCUUAAGAAGCAAAAGACUUUGUCAUUUGAACCUAGUGAUGGCAGUGAUGGUUUAGGGACCUUGACAAACUUUAGUUUCAAUGAGAAGAAAGUUAGAGAACUUGCUGCCCAUAUGGUACUUCUACAUGAAUAUCCCUUUAAUAUGAUGGAGCAUGAACUUUUUAACAAGUUCAUGAGGGCUUGCACACCAUACUGGAAAAAAAUUAGCCGUGCCACUGUAAAAAGUGAUUGCAUUGCCACUUAUAACAUUGAAAAGAAAAAGUUGAAAACUCUUCUAAGUAGGAUUGAUAGGGUAAACAUAACUACUGAUAUGUGGACCUCCUCCCAAAGGGUUUCAUAUAUGGUGGUUACUUGUCAUUUUGUGGAUUCUAAUUGGGUACUCCAAAAGAGGAUUUUAAAUUUUUGUAAUGUACCUCCUCCACAUUCAGGUGUUGUUAUUGCUGAAGCCUUAAGAAACAGUUUUAUUGAAUGGGGCAUUUUGGAUAAAGUACUUACAAUAACUGUUGAUAAUGCUAGUGCUAAUUCUGCUGCCAUUGACAUUUUGAGAGAUGAUUUUGAGUUGAGGGGUAGUUUGCCUAUUGGGGGCCUUAUGUUUCAUGUUAGGUGUUGUGCUCAUAUUACCAAUUUGUUGGUGCAAGCAGGGCUUUCAGAAAUAGGGGAGAUAAUAGAUUCUGUUAGGCAGGGGAUUAAAUAUAUAACGGCUUCUGAGAGGCGGUUGAUUGCAUUUAGUGAUAUAGCAAAGCGUUUGGACUUGGGUUCUAAUAAACUUGUUUUAGAUGUUCCUACCCGAUGGAAUAGCACCUACUUGAUGUUGAAGACUGCAAUUAGGUUCAAGGAAGUGUUUCCUAGAUACCAUAGAGUAGAGCAAGCUUUUCUGUGGGUGGUAACUCCUGAACAGUGGGAAAAGGUUGAGAAUGUGAACCAAGUUUUAGCUGUUUUCAAUGAUGUGACCAAUGUUGUCUUUGGAAGUGACUACCCUACAUCCAAUCUGUUUCUACCUGAGGUGUGGAGAAUGAAAGAAAUUGUGGAUAUUAAGGCUGGGGAUAGGAAUGAAUAUAUGAGAUUAAUGUCAGCUAAGAUGAGUGAUAAAUUUGAUAAGUAUUGGGGUGAAUCUAAUAUGGUGAUGGCCUUAGCUGCUGUGUUGGAUCCUAGAUACAAAAUGAAGUUGAUUAGGUUCUGUUUUCCUAUCAUUUAUCCACUUGAUACGAAUGGUGAUAGUAUAAAGGCUGUGUUGAGUACUUUGAAAGAGUUGUUUGAGGUUUAUGUUGCUGCCCAUAAUGCAUCUAUCAUUCAACAACAAGCAGCUGCUGAAGUCAGUGCUGCUACUACUUUAAUUGCCUCUGUUACAGAGGAAGUUUCUGGUGGCAGAUCACGUUUUAGGCAACAUGUUAGAAGCAAUGACAUCAUCCGGCCCAUAAAAACAGAUUUGGAUGUAUAUCUUGAAGAAGAUGUAUUCAUUUCUGAUAGUGAGAAUGGGGAAGACAGUGAUGCAAACUUUGAUGCUUUGGGAUGGUGGAAAUCCAAUGCCUUAAAGUACCGCAUCUUAUCUAAGAUGGCACGGGAUGUAUUGGCUGUUCCAAUCAGUACUGUUGCUUCAGAAUCAUCUUUCAGUGCGGGUGGUAGAGUUAUUGAACCCCAUAGAGCAUCAUUAUCAAUUGAUACUGUUGAGAUGCUCCUAUGUGGUGCAGAUUGGGUUAGAGCACUUCAUGAAAAUGGUGGAAGUGGAAUUGCCAAAUGUGCCGUGAAUGCUGUUUUCUCAUUUUUCUGUGAGGGAUUCUCUGAAAAAACUGAAUUUGUUUACUGUUUUCCUAUGCUUAGUAAAUAUAGAGUCAUAGAGCCAGUUUGUGGCAACUGCAAGUCUGCAAUUGGGAACCAAAAGUGA